AUGAAGACAACGUCGCAACUACCGUGCAGCGUCGAUCCAAUCAGUCCAGCGCAUGGAGCCGGCAAGGGGAUCCCACCAGAGGAGAGCUCUAAUGCUCCUCAAUCUCCCAAUCAACCUGUUCUCUAUAGAGAUAGAGAUCAAGUGGGAGAUGAGGAAAAUGCUAUCGACACCCCACGGCCGAAGGAGCUGUCCAAGACCCCACCAAAUGUGAGCAAUUCCGGGGCCUUGACUACUCGAGGUUUGACACUCGUUCGGACGAGGGAAUCAGGAAAGGACUUGGGCCCCCCUCCGGACGGCGGCUUCGGCGCAUGGUUCCAAGUGGCCCUUGCCCAUUUUGUUAUCUUCAAUACCUGGGGCUAUAUCAACAGCUUUGGCCGGCCGCCCUCUGAUAUAUCCUGGGUUGGCAGUAUUCAGAUCUUUCUACUGUUCUUCAUAGGGACUUUCUCGGGACGUGCCACCGACGCCGGAUACUUCAAAGUCAUCCUGAUUCUCGGGGCCAUACUCGAGCUAUUUUGCAUCUUCAUGACUUCCCUGUGCACUCAGUACUGGCAACUGUUUCUGGCACAGGGGAUCGGCCAAGGGAUUGGCUGCGGGCUCAUGUUUUGCCCGACUAUUGCUUUGAUUCCGACGUACUUUACCAAGAAACGAGCCAUCGCGAUUGGCAUAACAGCCUCGGGAUCGGCCACAGGAGGGCUGGUCUUUCCGGCAGUAGUCAUGCGGCUUCUACCCCAAAUUGGGUACGGAUGGACGGUACGAACGUUGGGCUUCAUUUCGCUAGCCACGUUGACACCUUGCUUAAUCUUUCUUCAGCAAAGGCUGCCGCCCCGUCGUAGUGGACCACUGAUCGAAUUGAAAGCCUUCCGGGAGACUUCCUAUGCGCUUUUUGCGCUGGGAAUGUUCCUGAACUUUUGGGGUCUCUACGUGGGAUUCUUCUAUAUCAGCAGCUUUGCGCAAGACAUCGUCGGCGUCUCGGAGUCUACCUCGAUUGAUGUGCUCCUGGUGAUGAACGGGGUGGGCCUGGUGGGUCGCUUGAUCCCCAACCUACUGGCGGACUGGUACACAGGUCCGUUGAAUAUGCUCAUCCCCUUCAGCCUGAUAACUGGGGUCGUGGCCUAUUGCUGGGCGGUGGUAGGGAGCUAUAGAGGUCUGUACGCUUUCAGUGCCUUCUAUGGGCUUGCAGCGGCCGGCAUUCAAUCCUUGUUCCCCGCCACAUUAAGUACAUUGACGACCGACUUGAAGAAGACAGGGGUUCGCAUGGGGAUGGUAUUGAGUGUGGUGGCAGUGGCCGCCCUCAUUGGCACGCCUAUCGCAGGAGCUCUGGUAGAUCGGGACGGCGGACAAUAUCUAUACGCACAGAUGUUCAUGGGAAGUGCCAUCCUAGCGGGCACAUUGACUUUGAUUGCAGCGCGCACAAGCAAAUUAGGUCUGUCCUGGCAAAGCGCCUGA